AUGCCCAUCGCCAUCAUUGGCAUCUCGGUGCGUGCAGGCUCGGCUGCCACACCCGAUGAGUUUUUCGAGAUGUUGUCUAGAGGAAGAAGCGCUUUCUCGCCCGAGAUCCCGACCGACCGAUUCAAUAAUGCAAGUUUCUACCAUCCGAACGCUGGCAAACUUGGAUGCAUCAACACCAACGGAGCCAGCUUCAUCCAGCGGGACAUGACCAAGUUCGAUGCACCAUUCUUCAGCAUCACUGAGCUUGAAGCGACAUCAAUGGAUCCUCAACAGCGGCUCCUCUUAGAAUGUGCUUUCGAGGCUCUCGACAACGCGGGCGUCCAGAAGCACGCAACGGUCGGCAAGGACAUUGGUGUGUUCAUGGGCGCUGGUUCGCCAGAGUACGAGUUCGAUCUUUUCAGAGAUUCAGAUACUAUGCCGAUGUUCCAAGCUACUGACACUGCUUGCUCGUCUUCUUUGACUGCUGUUCACUUUGCUUGCCAGAGCAUUCGAAAUCGAGAAUCCGAGGUCGCCUUGGUCGGUGGCUGUAACCUUAAUCUAAUACCCGAGUAUUUCAUCAACUAUUCUACGUCCAGACUCAUGGGUAAUGAAGGUCGGUCAUAUUCCUUCGACGCGCGAGGAACCGGAUACGGUCGUGGCGAGGGAUGUGGGAUGUUGCUACUGAAACCGCUCGACCAAGCUCUCAAAGACAACGACUAUGUUCGAGCUGUUAUCUCGGCGAGCGGCGUCAACCAGGACGGUUACACUCCUGGUAUUACGAUGCCGAAUGGCGAGUCCCAGGAAACACUAAUGCGAAGGGUGUACCAUGAUGCUGGUCUCGACCCUGCGCAAACAGGCUACGUUGAGGCACACGGUACUGGCACUCGUGUCGGCGAUCCGAUCGAAGUGACUGCGCUCCACAAAGUAUUUAGCGGACGGUCGUUGCGCAACCCUCUCUACUUAGGCUCGGUUAAAUCCAACAUCGGCCAUCUAGAAUCCGCUUCUGGGAUUCUGGCGGUGAUUAAGGUCGCUGUUGGCCUAGACAGAAGGUUUAUUCUGCCAAAUUAUGACUUCAAGAAAGGAAAUCCAAAGAUUCCUUUCGCAGAGUGGGGCCUCAAAGUUCCUCUUCGACAAGUCCUAUGGCCAAAAGGCAAGCGGUAUGCCAGCAUCAACAACUUCGGUUUCGGUGGAACCAAUGCACAUGUCGUAAUGGAGCGAGCACCCAUGCGCAUCACCAGCGGCGCAGUUUCAGUUGUGAAGCAGGACCCAACCAAGAAGCUGUUCGUCUUCUCUGCAGCCGACAAGAUUGCGUGCCAGAAGAUCAUGAGCAAUUUGGUUGUUUAUCUCGAGCAGAGACCGGAGAUGUUCCAAAGGGAUCUGAUGAGUAAUGUCGCAUACACCUUGGGACAGCGAAGGUCUCUUAUGCCCUGGAGGGUGGCCAUCCCAGCUAAAGAAGCUUUCGAUUUGAGCACGAAAAUAACACUGGGCAAUUUCACCCCUGUCAAGGAAACUGGGGCGCCAAGGAUCGGGUUUGUCUGUACCGGUCAGGGUGCGCAGUGGUGGGCCAUGGGUCGCGAACUUUACGAGAGCUACCCAAUAUUCACUCAGACCAUCGAUAAAGCAGACGCUAUGCUUACCAGUCUCGGCGCACUAUACUCGCUAGUUGAGGAAUUAAGUCGUAAUGAGAAGACGACUAGAAUCAACCAAGCGCAUAUCAGCCAGCCGGCGUGCACUGCAAUCCAACUAGCUUUGAUUGAAUUGCUGAGAUCGUGGGGUGUCACUCCAACCGCUGUCGUCGGGCAUUCUUCUGGAGAGAUUGCUGCUGCUUUCGCCGCAGGGAUCUUGUCAUUUGAUUCAGCAAUGCAGAUUGCCUACCACAGAGGGCGACUUGUGCCUGUUCUGAAGGAGAGGUAUCCCGAUUUGCAGGGUACUAUGAUGGCGAUUGGUUGCGGAAAGGAGGAGAUCGAUCCACUACUCGAGCAGCUAACUCAAAGAGAAGCGCGAAUAGCUUGCUACAACAGCCCUGAGAGCUUGACAAUGUCUGGCGAUACACCAGCAAUUGCCGAGUUGCAGCAGAUGCUCGAGGACCAGCAGAUCUUCAACCGUCGACUGGUCAUCGAGACGGCGUACCAUUCUCAUCACAUGGAGCUGAUCGCGGAGGAUUACUUUGCCUCGAUCAAGGAGCUACCAUCCUCAGAUAAGUCUGACGUUCGCUUCUUCUCGUCAUUGACCGGCAAAGAAGCGGUCCACUCCGAGCUCGACUCUAGCUACUGGGUCCGUAAUUUGACAAACCCGGUCAAAUUUGCCCAGGCCUUCACCCAUCUGGUCUCGCCUACCGGAGACUUCUCGACAGGUGUAGAUAUGAUCGUUGAGAUUGGCCCACAUUCGGCCAUGCAAGGCCCCGUCAAGCAGACAUUGAACGUCGUGGGAGGCGCAGCGGUCAAGAUUCCCUAUGCAACCUCUCUUGUUAGAAAGAAAGAUGCGGUGAACACGAUGCUAGACCUCGCUUCAAUGUUGUUCUGUAAAGGGUCUCCUGUUGACUUGGCCAACGUCAACUUCCCGAAGACGGUUAAGAAGCCCGGUCUUUUGAUUGACCUUCCCAGAUACCCAUGGAAUCACACAACCACAUACUGGCACGAGUCCCGCAUCGCCAAGUUACAUAAGAAUCGAUCAUUCCCAAGACACGAUAUCCUUGGUACGCUCGCAAAUUACUCGAAUGACCUCGAGCCAACAUGGCGCAAUAUCAUACGCCUAGACGACCUGCCCUGGCUUCGCCACCAUAAAAUUCAGUCUCUAACAAUCUUCCCUAUCUCUGGUUUCGUUGGCAUGGUCGUCGAGGCGGCAGUCCAGCAUGCACAGUUGAAGGGUAUUGCGAUUGGCCAGAUUGAGCUUCAUGAUGUGAAUGUCCACACACCAUUGAUACUUCCUGGGAGAGACGUCGAGAUGACCAUUACUCUGCGUUCCCCUCAGGCUGCGGAUGUCGGCCUGACCCAGAUUACGAGCAACUUCCUAAUCUAUUCCUAUUUAGCUGGAAAAGGAUGGACGGAAAACUGCACUGGCACAGUUACAGUGAAAACAAACGAGCUCAACGAAGUUGACGGCCAGCGGCAGCUCGAGCGCAGAUCAGCGUCCAUCGCUCAACAGAUUGCAGAGAUUGAGAAGGCGGGAACUCUAGUGCCUCAAGAGCGGAUCUAUGAUGCUCUUGCAAAAAUGGGCGUCGCUUACGGCUCCACUUUCCAAGGUCUUUCAGAAUGUCGUGCAGAUGACAAACGGGCGGCGGCGAAUAUCACGGUUACCGAUACGGCUACUGAUAUGCCCGAACACUUCGAGACCAAGCACAUUGUUCAUCCUUCAUUCCUCGAACAGCUUAUUCAGAUGUAUUGGCCGAUUCUUGGAGCUGGACGAUCUUCUCUUAGUGUUAUCUGUCUUCCUGCAUCCAUCGGCAAGCUGACUGUAUCUUGGAAGGUCCUGGAGCAGGCAAAUGCACCUGGCCAGAGUCUGCGUGCCUAUAGCAUAGCACACAACCCACUGUCAAUCCAGAAGCCAAGCAAGGUCUCCAUGUUUGCUGUUGCAAACGGAGAGACUCUUAUCGGCAUCGAGGAUUUGACCAUUGCGCCACUUCCCGCAGACGAAGCGGACAGUAAUAUUCAGGCGGCCCGAGAGCUUUGCUUCAAGCAAAUCUGGGAACCGAUAUUGGCGCCACUUGUCCUGGAUCAACAGAUCAGAGUGGACAGUCCACAAACUGAUGGGAUGAGCAAUGAUACCGCUACGCCAGCCACACCAAUCUGCAUCAUCCACGGUUCCUCAUCGGCACAGGUCGAGCUUGCACGUAUGCUCGCAGCAUCAAUUGAGGGUCCCAACAAUGCCAAGGUAGACAUGGGUUUGCUCGAAGAGAUUGACGCAAUGGACAAGCAGCUCAUCUGCAUUACCGAGCUUGACGAGUUCAUCUUACCGACGCUCACACAAGCCCAGUUCAAGGCUCUCCAAACUAUUGUUGAGAAUUCUUAUGGCAUGCUGUGGGUGACGCGGGGUGCAUAUGGACAAGCCGGUGACCCUACGGGCAGCAUGGUGGUCGGUCUCAGUCGUGCCAUUCGCUCUGAGAACAUGUACAAAUUUGCCAACCUUGACUUGGACGCUGAGGACAAGCUUGAAGAUUCUGCUGCUAUUCGCGCGAUCCUCAAAGUUUUCAAGACAGUGAUGAGCGCAGCCAACGUGGAGAAUGUCGAGAUGGAGUUCCAGGAGCGCAGGGGUGCGUUCUUGACGCCCAGGAUUGUCCAAGACAAAGUCAUCAACGACUACGUUCACAAGCGUACCUUUCCCCCUGAGGUCGAGGAGAACAAAUUUGGUGGCAGCACGCGCUCUCUGAGAAUGGCAAUACGGACCCCAGGAAUGUUUGACUCUCUUUUCUUCACCGACGAUGAGUUGCGAAAACAACCACUCGGUUCCGACGAAAUUGAAAUUCUAGUGAAGGCGGUCGCACUCAACUCCCGAGACGUCGAGGUUGCCAUGGGCCGCAUCGAGGCGACGGGUCUCGGCGAAGAAUGCAGCGGCAUCGUUACUGCGGUCGGAAAUGACGUCAAAGCAUUUGCUGUUGGCGAUCGUGUUGCUGCCAUUGCAGGCGCAGCUUUCGCCACCUAUAUGCGAGCUAAGGCAGAUUUUGCUCUGAAGCUCGGCUCAAAAAUCAGCUUCGAGGAUGCCGCAGGCUUGACAUUGGCCCAGUGCUCUGCACAUUAUGGCCUCAUCGAGCUAGGGCGUCUAGAGGACGAGGAGACUGUGCUUGUACUGAAUGGUGCAGGCGCAGCAGGUCAGGCAGCCGUAUCGCUCGCGCAGACGCUGGGUUCUACCGUUUUUGCAACAGUAGCGACGGCUGAGGACAAACUGAUUCUGAUGGAUGCAUACGAUCUCCCAGAAGACUACAUCUUCUACAGUGGAGAUGACCAAUUGGCAUCCUCCAUUCGGCGAACGACGAAUGGCCGCGGCGUUGAUGUUGUAUUCAGCGUUCAGGCAACGACAUCUUGCAUUCAAUCAGCUCUGGAAUGCAUCGCAGAGUUUGGGCGGUUUGUUCGUGCUGAAGUCAACGAUGCAUCUAGCAAACUCAAGCUCGACAAGUCAAGUUUCAGCUUCCUUUCUUUCGACAUCCAUACAUUGGCUACACACAAGCCACGUGCUGUCCGACGUCUUAUCAAGAAUGUCAACCAGUCGCUCAAGUACGGCAAGCUGAGGACCACUGAAGGAGCAACGAUUGUGUCGCUGGCAGAAAUUACAAGGGCAUUCAAAGCCGCUCGAUCAUCACCAUCCAGCAAUAGAACCAUUGUCGUGCCGGGCCCAGAUGACUUGGUAAAGAUGACGCCGUCGAAGGAAAUCAUCAAAUUAUUCAAAGAAAACGCAACCUACAUUCUCAUCGGCGGCACCGGUGGCUUAGGUCGUGGUAUGACGAGGUGGAUGGCGACGAAAGGAGCGCGCACCGUGGUCCUUAUUUCCAGGAGCGGUAGUGCCACUGGGCAAGUGAAGACACUCGUUGACGACAUGGCUCUAUUGGGUGUGGACGUCGUGGUCCAUCUUUGCAAUGUGGUGAAUCGAGAGGAGGUCAAUGCGUUGUUAGCGAGAUUGGCCCAUUUGCCACCCAUCCGUGGUGUUAUCCACACCGCCAUGGUUCUGCGCGACAAGAUGUUUUCCAAGAUGACGCCCACGGAUUGGAUUGAGAUCACCGAAAACAAGGUGCACGGCGCCUGGAACUUCCACAAUGCUCUUUCGUCGACACCUCUCGACUUCUUCAUUCUGUACUCCUCGUGUGCCGCUGCAAUGGGUGGUCGCGGUCAAACUGCAUACGCUGCUGCCAACAUCUUCAUGGACGCCUUCGCCCAAUACCGUCGUUCACUUGGCUUACCAGGUGCCUCGCUCGGACCAGCAGCCGUCUUGGAUUCGGGAUACCUGUCCGAGAAUCUUGAUCUCUACAAUGAGAUCGCGCGGAAUAUUGGCGACAACUAUAUCCGAGAGUCGGAGGUCUUGUCUCUUCUGGAGGCAUGUCUCAAUGGCACUGCAGAAUCGAGCUGCAACAAUCACAUCAUCACUGGUGUCAAGCUUGAUCCUAUGAAGAUGCAGUUCUGGGCUACUGACGCCAAGUACCGCGAUAUGCGUCUUGCGGCCGAAGCAAUUGCAGCUCAAAACAACGCUGGUAGCAAGACCGUGUCUUGGAACGCUGCUGUCAAAGAUGCUGCAUCGCUACUAGAAGCCGAACAGGUAGUCUGUGAUGGCCUAACUGACAAGAUUGCCAAAACUCUAGGCCUCGAAUUGGAAGAAGUGGAUACGACAAGGAACCUUUCAAACUAUGCUCUUGACUCGUUGACUGCUAUCGACGUAAGAAACUUUAUCACGCGAGAGUUCGAGUCAACUAUGCAGGUUCUUGAAGUGUUAGCGAGUGGUACUAUUCAGACGCUAGCAAAGGCAGUAUGUGCGAAAAGCAAGUUAUUGAAGUCUCUUACUUUUAGAGAGUAAUAAACUAUGCUUACUAAU